UUGGCGCUUGCACUGACUUUGAGCGCGGCCAUGUGAUCUGAACUGCACUGAAAAGAAUCGACCAAUCGCUGUAAGGAGGUGAAAGAGAAUAUAACUCUGCUGCAAAGCGGAAGCUCGGUGGAGACUUCACAUCGAAACAUGACGCUCAUCGGUGCUCUUUUGACCUGGAUUCCGUCCAUUCUACUGCUUCUCCUGGCUGUGGCCUUCUUGGCUUUCCUUGGUUUCUGCCUGUACAUCCACUACCUUCACGCCAAGUACGACCACAUCCCCGGACCUCCGAGGGACAGCUUCCUCUUCGGACAUGGACCUUCUCUUCUGAAGCUCAUGCAGAAUGAGGAGAUGGUCCACGACGCCUUUUUGCAAUGGUCUGAAACCUAUGGACCUGUGUACAGGCUCAAUCUGCUGCAUUUGACAUUUAUACUCACCACCUGCCCUGAAGCCACCAAGGAAAUUCUAAUGAACCCCAAAUUCCUCAAGGAGAAACAGAUGCACGACAGACUUUUCUACUUGUUUGGUGUGAGAUUCUUCGGCAAUGGACUGGUUUCAGUGAGGGACCACGACAUUUGGUAUAAACAGCGACGCAUCAUGGACCCGGCAUUUAGCAGCUUGUACCUGAGAGGACUCAUGGGCACCUUCAAUGAGCGAGCUGAGAAACUGAUGCUCAAGCUCAAUGAAAUCGCUGACAGCGAGUCCGAGGCCGGAAUGCUGCACCUUUUCAACCAGGUCACGCUGGAUGUUAUAGCAAAGGCUGCGUUUGGUGUGGAUCUCGACCUGCAAGGCGACACGCCUUUCCCCGCUGCGAUUGAAAUGGUUCUGAAAGGGAUGAUUUUCUAUAUCAGAGACCUUUUUUUCACGUACAAACCAAAGAACAGACCCUUCAUGAGGAAAGUGAGGGAAGCGUGUCACCUUCUGCGCACAACAGGAGCUCAGUGGAUCAAUGCACGGAAGACGGCCAUGCGAAACGGCGAAGACGUUCCGAAGGACAUUCUCACUCAGAUCAUCAAGUCUGCGGGAAAAGAGGAGAACACAACCAAGGAAGAUGAUGAGUUUAUGUUGGAUAAUUUUGUGACGUUCUUCAUUGCGGGGCAGGAAACUACCGCCAACCAAUUGGCUUUUUGUGUCAUGGAAUUGGCGAGACAUCCUGAAAUCCUGGAGAAAGUGAGAAGGGAGGUGGAUGAUGUCAUUGGGAUGAAACAGGAGAUAAGCCCCGAUGACCUUGGGAAGCUGGUCUACCUUUCACAGGUGCUGAAGGAGGUUCUCCGGCUGUACCCGACUGCUCCAGGCACGUCUCGAGACAUACAUCAAGAUAUCGUCAUCAACGGGAUUACUAUUCCUGCAGGGGCCGCUGUUUUUUUCAGCUCUUACGUGACCAGCAGAAUGGACAAGUUCUUCAAGGAUCCGCUGGUGUUUGACCCAGAUCGCUUUCACCCAGACGCCCCGAAGCCUUACUACUGCUACUACCCCUUCUCUCUGGGAGCACGCGCCUGCCUCGGGAAGACUUUUGCGCAGAUGGAAGCCAAAGUGGUGAUGGCCAAGCUGCUGCAGAGGUUUGACUUCACUCUGACUCCAGGGCAAAGUUUUGACAUCCUGGACACCGGAACGCUGAGGCCAAAGAGCGGAGUCAUGUGCUUGAUCAAACAUAGAAAUCUCAGCAUGUGACACAUCGGAUCUAACCAGAAAGCUUCACGCCGAAUCUUUGCAGACGGAAAUUCAAUCUUUUACUCAAGUUAUCUUAUAGCUUUGCAUUUACUUAAAAAUACUUUUGACUACUUACUACGUAUCUGCAUAUAUCACAUCAUUUUUUAACAAUCCUAGAAUCCAGAAGUGUAAUGAAAAGUACCCUGAUGCGCUCCUUUAAAAUGCCAGUCUGAGACAUUUAUCUUGAACCGCUGAUCACGACUUGACGUCUCUUCCCUGACCACGGCUACUGUUUUGCGAUUCGUCAGAACCCUUAUCGCUCGCAGUUCUUCCAGAAACAAACUGAAAUGAAGUUUGGAGAUAUUUCCCGGAAGACUCUGUUCGUUUGUUUGUUAUUUUCUUAUUUUUUAAAAUCAUUUCUGUAUGUAUUUUUGUGUUUUAUUUUGUUCUUGGAUAGGUAUGUUAUGACAUUCUAUAACAUAAUAAAGAAAUACUACUUGACUGCAGCUGAUGUACAUUGUAAAAUAAAUAAAGACAGACCUCUUUGGUCUUGUUCACAGAUAUCAUCAUGGAUCAGCUGCCCAUCUCCAUCAUUUUGUCAUUGUGGAGGUCAAGUUUUGACUUGGAGUUUCAAAGUAAAAGCACAGGUUACAAAAAUAAAAGCAUUCACAGUUUAAUGAUUUCCACAUUUGGUGUCUGGUCCAGUCCAGCAGAAAGGUCAGCUUCAUUGUACAGUUUCUUAAAUGAUUUCCAGUUGUUGCAGACUCCCAGAGCUCUCUGUUCCGCUGUGGCCACCCAUGUUAACAAUCGACAUGUCUAAUGUUUCAUCUGUCUAUCGUUCCAUAAUCACAAGAAAUGAUUCAUCGUGAGAAGAAGGAACCACUGUCCCCCCUGUCCUCCCCCUGUCACAAUGUGUCCA